AUGGGCUGUUUUUUCGGACAAGAAACAACAAAGUCUGACACGAUCAGACAGGACACUGAAAGCAAUACUGUGCUUGCUAACAAAGUACUUUGCUUUGUGGUGUCAGGGCUUUCGAAAUCGUACAAAAUACCAUACGGUUUCUUUUUUACAAAUCAGUUAAGUGGAAAGGUGCUGUACCGCCUGACAAACCACGUAAUUGAUGAAGUUGAAAAGUGUGGUCUUCAAGUGAUAGGAGUUGUUACAGACAGUUACAAAAUUAAUGUUACUAUGAUGAGACAUUUCGGCAAUGGAUCACUGAAGCCAGUUGUGAGCCAUCCAUGCAACGUAGACAGGCAACUGUUUUUGUCAUUCGAUCAAUGCCAUAUCAUUAAAAAUGUGCAGAACCUCUUUCUUGAUGGCGAUAUGACAGAUGGCAGCCUCCCAAUAACAGGAUUGUUCAUAAAGAAACUGUAUGAGCUCCAAAAGAACGAAGUUGUUAAACUGGUUCGCUUUCCGACUCAAAAGCAUGUGGAACCCAGCAACUUCGAAAAGAUGAAUGUUGGGAGAGCGGUUCAGCUCUUUUCAGAUGAGGUGAUUGCUGCAGUUUCUUUUCUUAUGGAGUACUCGUAUCACCACCCGAAAGCUGAGCCCUUCAGAAACACUUCUGCGACUGUGGAGUUCAUGAAAGCAAUUCAGAAAUGCAUGUACGGUGCCUCUGUGUCAGCCUUGUGUGAGAAGAUUGUUCCUGAAGUUCCCACAGGGAUGCCUUCGGAAUCAGAAACUUCGAGCAGUACUCAAGCCACCUUGGCUGCAUGCGGCAGUGCCCUUUCUAGGUAG